AGAUUUAUAUACUUAACCCAAAUUUUUGUAAUAAAUAUAUACCGCUAGAGUAAAAAAACGUUUUAUUGCUACCAAGCUAGAUAUCUAGUUUCCGUAUUUUGGAGGCUGGUAGCAUGGAAUUUUCCAAAAUAGGCGUAACAGUUGUAGAUUCAAGACUACAAGUGCUGCUACACUUUCGGGAGACAAAUUAAUUGUAAAUGUCUAUGGUUUGAACAAAUUUUAAACUCCUAUGUUUGCAGCACUGCCAUUACCGGAAUUUCCUUUACGCACAUCAGUCAUUUUGACGUUAUUUGCUGGCAUUUCUCUCUUGUAGAAACAUGGCAUCGGGAAAAAAGGGGAAGAAAACCAAAGGAAAAACUUUGGCUCUAACUGACUUUUUGCAAGAAACUACAGGAUCGAUUUCUGUACAACCCAUUCGUAAAUCAAAUCUCAAUUGGGCAGAUGAAGUAGAAGAUUACGAUGAUGUGAGAAAACCUGUCAAUGUAGUAUUACCCACUGCUCCCAAGGCUUCUAGAGAUUAUGAUGAUAUUAGUGAUAAGGUUCCUACAGAACCACCGUUUUGUGCUUACCUUUCCAAUUUGCCUUAUGAUGUAGACGAAGAAGAAAUUACAGCAUUUUUCAGUAAUAUGAGGGUAGCAAAUAUGCGAAUACCUAAAGAUGACAGAGGAGGUGAAUCAAAAUCUAAGGGAUAUGGAUACAUAGAAUUUGAAGAUAGAGAAAGUCUAUUAGAUGCUCUUGUUAUGCGAGACACUACUCUCAAAAGUAGAAGAAUGCGGAUAGAAGUUGCCUCAAAUAUGGAAAAUGACAGGCGGAGAGGUGGUCGUAUGGAUAUGAAUCGUGACAGACAGACAGAUCGUAGUGAUUCAUUUCCAGAUUGGCGAUCUGGACCGAGAGCAUCGGAAAUGGACGAUCGUCGUUCUGGAUAUAAUAGGGACAGAGAUGGAGGAGGUGGUGGUUUCACCAGGGAAGGAAUGCGCGAUAGAGAUGAUAAAAGUUUUACACGAGAAGGAAUGAGAGACCGAGAAAGCAAUAGAGAUUAUGGACGGGAUAGGGAGAGUAACAGAGAUUCAUAUAGAAGGGAUAAUGAUGACAGGUCAGGUGGUUGGAGAGAUGGUGAUAGACAGAAUAAUGAUAGAGGUUUAAAUCGUGAUCGAGCGAUGUACCGUGAUACAGACAGAGGGUCAGGCGGUAGGUAUGACGAUAGAGAUGAAAGAAGAGGAUAUGGUGGAAGAAGAUUCGACGAUCGAGAUAAAGGAUUUACGCGUAGAGAUGAUCGAGAUUCAGAGCUGCAAUCUUCUGAGCCACGUGAACGACCAAAGCUGGUGUUAACACCGCGUACUAAACCAGUAGAAAAUGUACCUGUAAAUAAAGAAACAGUGCCUUCAGCUUCAAUAUUUGGCAGUGCAAAACCUGUAGAUACAAGCCAGAGAGAAAGAGAAAUAGAAGAAAAAUUAGCAAGAGAAGCUGAUAAACCACGAGAGAAUAGUAAGGACAGAGAGAAAGAAAAGAAAUUGGAAGAUACCGAAAGAAAAAAUAUUGAUAAAGAAAGAAAUAUAGCGCCACGUAAGGUAGAAGAUAGUCCUCAUAGAGAAAGGAAUACUAAGGAUGGACCUCCAAUGAAGAAUUUUGACGACAGAAAAUUGCCCAAUAGAAACGAUCAAAGAUCACCAGAUAAAUCUGAAAAUAAGCACAAACAGGAUAAGGCUGAAAAACCUAAAUGGGAGGAAAAGAGGGAGAGACAUGAUAAAGAAAUGCCAAAAUUGACUGAACCGGAACCUCCAAAUUUCACCGCCAAUAAUAAGUUCGCUUAUCUGCCGACAGAUUCCGAUUAGCAAUAUGUGAUUUAAAAAAAAGUGGUGUACAUAUUCAAUAAACAUUCUUUGAGAAUGGAAUUUUUAAAGCAAAAUGGAUGGAAUUUGUAAAGCAACGUGGAAAGAUUUCACAUAUUUAUUGUUUUAGUCAUAGAAUAUAUUUUUUGUUAAUUACAAGACAGUUUGUAUGUGUAAUUUUUUGUUGAAAGUUUUAUUGUAAUUUGUGUAUAAUAAAUUACAUAUUUAUUUCUA